AUGACGGUUCAAACGGAAGGAGAAUCAGCUCCCGUGAGCUUCAACGACAGCGAAGAAGAAGAGGAAGAAGAAGAUGCAGUUUCAGAUGUUUCAGAUGAGGAAGGUUCAGAAGACGACGAGGAGGACGAUGAGGACGAAGGUGAAUUGUACACAUUGGAUCAUUAUGAUGAGGAAAACUUGCCGGAACAUUCCUGUCGAUACUGCGGCAUUUACGAUCAAUCCUGCGUGGCACUCUGUGUGGAAACCAACAAGUGGUUCUGCAAUGCUGCCGUAGGAAGUGGUGGAUCCCACCUGGUACACCACUUGGUGAGAAGUAGAUCACAUCAAGUGCGAUUGCACCCAGAGUCUCCUUUAGGCGACACUGUCUUGGAGUGUUACAACUGCGGAAGCAAAAAUGUCUUUUUGCUGGGAUUUGUGCCAGCCUCUAGUUCUUCCGUUGUGGUCCUUCUCUGCCGCGUCUGUGUCGAGACCGUUCCAGCACUCAAGGAUAUGGACUGGGAACUAGCUCAAUGGCAUCCCCUCAUUCAAGAUCGAAAGUUCCUCCCCUGGUUGGUAAAGGCGCCCUCGGAUAAGCACUUGCUAAGGGCUCGUGAUAUUUCUCAAGCUCAAAUGACCAAGAUGGAGGAACUCUGGAAAAAGGAACCGGAUGCUAGAUUUGCGGACUUGGAUCGACCAGAAGUUGCCGAUGACGAGGAAAUGGCACCCACACUCUUGCAGUACGAAGAUGGAUUUCAUUAUCAAAACGUUCUCGCACCACUCGUCAAGAUUGAAGCCGACUACGAUCGUCAAAUCAAGGAAAGUCUUACCGAAGAAUCCAUUUCCGUUCGUUGGGACAAGUCCUUGGCUGGAAAGAAUGUUGCUACCUUUGCCUUUCACCGCAUGGCAGUGGAACAAUCCAGAAUCAUGGUGGGGGACGAACUCCGACUCAAAUUGGGAGAAGGUGCUCAAUACCUAUAUGGCCGCAAGUGGGAAGGCGUUGGCUAUGUCAAGGGUAUUCAAGAUGGUGACGUCGAACUCGAGCUCCGCACCUUGGGCAACGUUCCAGACCAAAUUUUUGAUGAUUACAUUGUGGAAUACAUUUGGAAAUCAACGUCCUACGAUCGCAUGCAAAAUGCAAUGAAGACCUUUGCCAUUGAUGAUACCAGUGUGACUGGCUACAUUUACCACAAAUUGCUCGGCCAUCCAGUCGAAGAUCAAUGCAUCGCUACGGCAAAGCUACCAUCACCAAAGGAAGACUUUUCAGUUCCAGGGUUGCCGCCACUCAACGAGUCGCAGAUUGAGGCAGUAUCCACAGUCCUCCAAAGACCAUUGAGUUUGAUUCAAGGGCCGCCUGGAACUGGAAAGACAGUCACAUCAGCGACGUUGGUGUAUCAUUUGACCAAGCAAAACAUGGGGCAAGUCUUGGUCACAGCACCGUCCAACGUUGCAGUCGAUCAAUUGACCGAAAAGAUUGCUUCCUCGGGUUUGCGUGUGGUGCGAUUGGCUUCCAAGACUCGAGAGGCAACCAAUUCUUCUGUGGAUCACCUUUGUUUGCACAUUAUGGUCCCACAAGCCGCCGGAGACGAAUUCAAUAAGUUGCAGCGCCUCAAGGAUGAAAUUGGAGACUUGUCAGAGAGAGACCAAAAGAAGUACCGCUCGUUGAGAAACCGCACCGAGCGAGAAAUUCUUCAGGCCGCUGAUGUGAUUUGUUGUACUUGUGUCGGUGCAGGAGAUCCCCGUCUCAAAAACUUUCGAUUCCGUCAAGUCUUGAUUGAUGAGGCCACUCAAGCUAUUGAAGCCGAGGCGCUCAUUCCAAUUGCCAUGGGAGCGAAGCAGGUGAUAUUUGUGGGAGAUCACUGUCAAUUGGGACCAGUUGUCAUGUGCAAGGCAGCUGCAAAGGCAGGGCUCACCCAAAGUAUGUUUGAACGUUUGGUGCUGGUCGGAAACCGUCCCAUUCGGUUGCAAGUGCAGUAUCGUAUGCACCCAGCUCUUUCCGAAUUUCCCUCCAACAUGUUCUACGAAGGAAGUCUGCAAAAUGGUGUCACCGAAACGGAUCGUCAACUCCUGAAUUUGCCAGGUUUCUCUGGAAAAGAGGACUUUCCAUGGCCAGUCCCCAGCAAGCCCAUGUUUUUCUAUUCCAUUUCUGGAAUGGAAGAAAUUUCAGCUUCGGGAACCUCCUACCUCAAUCGAACCGAAGCGUCCUAUGUGGAAAAAGUGGUAACCUACCUCUUGCGAAUGGGAGUCACUCCAGCUCAAAUUGGUGUCAUUACACCGUAUGAUGGACAAAAGAAAUAUGUUUCGGAGUAUAUGCGUCGUUCAGGCAUGUUGACCAGUGCGCUUUAUGAGGCAAUUGAAGUAGCUUCUGUCGAUGCUUUUCAGGGUCGUGAGAAGGACUAUAUUUUGGUUUCUUGUGUCCGUUCCAGUGAGACGCAAGGUAUUGGAUUCUUGUCGGAUCCUCGUCGUCUUAAUGUGGCUUUGACUCGAGCUCGUUUGGGAAUCAUUUUGUUGGGUAACCCUCGUGUCUUGAGCAAAAAUGCGCUCUGGGCAGCACUCUUGUUGCACUUUAAGGAGUACGAUUGUCUAGUCGAAGGCCCAUUGAACAACUUGCAGCCAAGUUUCAUGACUUUUGCUAGACCUCGUCGCAAUCCAGCCAGCGAUUCACGAUAUGCCUUCACUGCACUUGCCCGAGGUGGCUGGGAUGGCCGUUGGGAAGACCGCAGAGAUGGGGGGAAGGAUCAGCAGGUGGCCCGAGGCUUCAAUGUGGGUGCUGGCAGACGUGGAAAGCGCAAGGAUGGACAAGCAGAUUCUCGCUUUGAUUCACGAUACAACAAUGCUUCUGAAGGAAACAACAAUGACAGCGAUGUGAAUUACAGUGGAAACGGCUUGCCCAUUCCCAAAUUUGCCCCACUACCAAGUUAUGGAGAUCACCCCGGGGACGAUGCCAGUAGUGUCGGAGGCGAUAGUGCUUUCAGUGGCUCACAAUUUAGUGGAAGUAUCAACACUAACCGCUAUGCUGGAGGAAACGACCGUGGUCCAAAUGUUGGAUAUUACGUGGGAGGCCCCUAG